GCAUCGUCUCCGGUAACACCAGCUCGUUCGUCCUUGCAUUUUCUCAGACUCUCAUGGCGACCAAGGCAGCCACCACGGCGGUUGAUUUCGCCCGUAUAUACUCCACGCUGGGUCUCGGAAAGGAGACCGUAGCCGCCGUACAAGCGUUCCGGAAACGCCAUGCUGACGCUCAGCGCGUCCAUGCUCAGUAUGCUUCCCAGCCUACCACGGUGGACAUUGCCCACUAUCGUUCUAUCCUGAAGAAUAAGGCGGUAGUAGAUGAGGUUGAGAAGCAGUUGAAGGACUUCAAGCCUGUCACCUACGAUGUCAGCGCUCAGCUGAAGGCUAUUGAGACAUUUGAGUCGAAGGCGAUUGCGAAGGCGAAGGAGACGGAGGAGAAGAUUGACUCUGAGCUGAAGGAGCUCCAAUCAACCCUCGCUAACAUCGAGGAGGCACGGCCGUUCGAGGAUUUGACUGUCGAGGAGGUUGGUCAGGCACACCCGCGUAUCGUGGAGGCCGUCGAAAAUAUGCUCAAGAAGGGCAAAUGGACCGUGCCAGGUUACAAGGAGAAAUUCGGAGACAUGUCUCUUAUGUAAACCAUUGUGGUGGCCUUACAAUAGACUGUCAAGGACUCUUCCGUUUGGCUCAGCUGAAGCGUCGCUUUAAUGAGAGUAUGGCGAGGAUGGAUUUGACGUGUAAUGGUGGAUCAUCGUUCAGCCUCCCCCUCUGGUGCAUUAGGAUACUGCAAUUAUACCUGAUAACCCCACGCUGGCUCCGGAGCUGAGAGGG